UUUGUACCUAGUGCGUACAGACAUAUUCUCUUGGGAGAUUAAUUGUUGAAUCAAAGAUUAUACCGAAUGUUCUCUCACAUUAUCUCUAUUUGUGUCAUGAUCUCGAAUACUAGUCAGCAAUCCACCAUGUUCAGCAUUCGAGGAAUCGCACUUGUCACAGGAGCAGGAAGCGGUAUCGGGAGAGCGACUGCUCUUGCAUUGGCCCGGGCAGGGGCAUCAGGUCUGCAUCUAGCCGACCUAAACCGCGGACGCCUGGAAGAAACGAUGAAGGACGUCACAGCCGAAGCUACAAACCCCCAGUUUAAAGUUUAUAUGUCUGAAGCGGAUCUGAGCAAGGAGGACCAGGUUAUCCGAACGGUUCAGGAUGCUGCUAACAACUUCGGGAGAAUCGACUACGCUGCCAACAUCGCCGGGAUAUCCGAAAACAUUCUUGCGCCGACGGCAGAUACAUCUGUGGCUACUUAUGACCAAGUCAACAACAUCAAUGCUAGGGGAGUUUUCCUCUGUAUGCGCAAGCAGCUGAAGGUAAUGCGAGACCAGGAGUCUGUUGCUCACAUACCUGGUAGGCCAGGCGUGCGUGGUUCCAUCGUAAACAUGAGCAGCGUGUACGGAUGUCUCGGCGCGAACGGGUUCACGAGCUACGUUACGUCCAAGCACGCAGUUAUAGGUCUGACGAAAGCUGCUGCUAUCAGUCACAGCGUUGACGGUAUUCGCAUCAACGCGGUGUGUCCUGGAUUUAUCGAUACGCCAAUGGUAGAGAACGUAAGCCAAUAUUUUGAUUUCCCAACCUUGCUGGAGAUGGCUGUUCCGAUGAAGCGGUUUGGUAUGGCUGAGGAAAUCGCAGAUGUGAUCGUCUUCUUGCUGAGCGAGUGUGCAAGCUUUGUAACAGGACAUUCGUUCAUUGCAGAUGGAGGAUCUUCCAUCUUGUGAAUUUCGUUCUGGUUCAUUGCGGAUAUUUCGAAAAGUGUUA